GGCCCAGCCCGGCGCGUGCGCACUGGUUACGCAGCAUGUUUGCGGCGCGCGCUGCCAGGCGGAAGUGACAACUGUAGCCGCACGUGGGCUCGGCGCGAUGGAGGAGGAGAUGCAUACUGACGCCAAAAUCCGCGCUGAAAGUGGAACAGGGUCCAGCCCUCGGGGUCCUGGCUGCAGCCUCCGGCACUUUGCCUGCGAACAGAACCUGCUGUCGCGGCCAGAUGGCUCUGCUUCCUUCCUGCAAGGUGACACCUCUGUCCUGGCGGGUGUGUACGGGCCGGCCGAGGUGAAGGUCAGCAAAGAGAUUUUCAACAAGGCCACACUCGAAGUGAUCCUGAGGCCGAAGAUCGGGCUGCCUGGUGUUGCAGAGAAGAGCCGGGAGCGGCUGAUCAGGAACACGUGCGAGGCGGUGGUGCUGGGCACGUUGCACCCCCGCACCUCCAUCACCGUGGUGCUGCAGGUUGUCAGCGAUGCCGGCUCUCUUCUGGCCUGUUGUCUGAAUGCUGCCUGCAUGGCAUUGGUGGAUGCAGGUGUGCCCAUGCGGGCUCUCUUCUGUGGGGUCACCUGUGCCCUGGACUCUGAUGGGACCCUCGUGCUGGAUCCUACAUCCAAGCAAGAAAAGGAGGCCCGGGCAGUCCUGACCUUUGCCCUGGACAGCGUGGAACGGAAGCUGCUGAUGUCCAGCACCAAGGGGCUCUACUCAGACACUGAGCUCCAGCAGUGCCUGGCUGCGGCCCAGGCCGCUUCGCAACACGUCUUCCGUUUCUACCGGGAAUCGCUGCAGAGGCGUUACUCCAAGAGCUGAGGCAAGCUGGGGCAAGGGGCCGCUCCCAUUGCCUCCACCCACUCACCCCCUACAGCCUGAAGCAAACCAGCAGCCCAGCCUUGCCUCUCUGACCCAUGGGUUCCUUGAGCCUGCAGCUCUGUAACCACAGGGCUCCUGUGGGGAGGCCUUGGCCUGUGACAGCCCCCAGGCCUGGGGGCACCGAUCCCCCCAGCAAGGAUAACAUUCAAAGGAGCUCACAUUUAUGGAAUGGAUGAAUCAAUAAAUUAAUUCACUUUAACAAA